AUGAACCAGGACCGAGAUGAGGUGCCACAGACCCUGGUGCCAGCACCCACCACUCCGGUGACCCACCAGGCCCCCAAGAACCCAGGCACCCCCCACAUCAGCCAGAACGCCCCCCAGGACAAAUCCAAACAGACCCACCACCCCUCACUAGAUGAUGGAGCUGAUCAAAGGAGCCCAGAGAGGUUCAGAAAUCUCCAGGUGGACGACCAGAUGACUGUAAUCCAGCAGUCUUGGAUGGGAGUGAUGGUGUUUGCCCUGGUGUGGAGGUCUUACAAGAACGUCAACGGCAGGAUGCUUUACUUUGCUCCGGACCUCAUCUUUAACGAACAUCGGAUGCAGAUCUCCACCAUGUAUGAGCACUGCAUGCGGAUGAGACAUCUGUCGCAGGAGUUUGUGCUGCUGCAGAUCACGCAGGAGGAGUUCCUCUGCAUGAAGGCCUUGCUGCUCUUCAGUAUCAUACCAGUGGAAGGCUUGAAAAGUCAGAAAUACUUUGAUGAAUUGCGCCUCACCUACAUCAAUGAACUGGAUCGCCUCAUCAAUUACCAGAUGACCACAAAUUGUCCUCAGCGAUUCUACCAGCUGACACGACUCCUGGAUUCGCUCCAGAUGACCGUAAAGAAGCUCCAUCAGUUUACCUUUGACCUAUUCGUCCAGGCUCAGUCGCUUCACACGAAGGUCAGCUUCCCUGAGAUGAUCGGGGAGAUCAUCUCGGUGCACGUUCCAAAGAUCCUCGCAGGUUUGGCCAAACCUAUCUUGUUCCACAAGUAGAAGGAUUUUUUUUUUGUCGUUGUUGUCGGGGUUUUGUUCAUCAAAAAAUAUGUAGUGCUGCCUUCAUGAACUUUAACAAAGGCUGUGAACUGUUCCCCCACAUCUUUUGGUCUGAUUGCUUUCAGGCGUGUCCUGUUAACACUGUUUUAUUGCUCAAGUUUCUUUUUUUUGUUUUUUUUUUCCACGUUUUAUAUAAAAUUAAGAUUUUUGUUUAUUCAGAACUGGUCAGGCUUUUAUCUUAAGAGCUGCAAGUCCUCAUCUGCUGACAGAUGAAAGCUUGUUCUCUACAGAUGGCGAAAAGAUGCUGUUUCAGAUGCUUGGCUUUAAAUUAAGACUAGUCACAAUGUUAAACAAACACACAACAACACAGAGAUUUACUUGCGACCACAAUUAGAUAUCUAUCCUAUAGCUUUAAAAAGCAGACGGUUUAUGAAUCAUAAAAAAGGAUAAUCCCAGAUAAAGAUGUGUAAACAAAAUAUUGUGUUGCAGCAGCAUGGUGCCACACUUUUU